AUGAUUUUCAUCCAGAAAACCGUAUUUUGCGUCCUCACCAUCGCCAUCGCCCUAGCUCUGGCAUCUCCUGUUCAGGAGAGUCAUGAGCUAGUGAAACGAGGUACUAUUUUGACAGCUCAGUAUGCGACGGAGUCAGUGGAUGAUGGACGUUUCAUUCUUGAGAACAACUUGUGGGGCAUGUCGUCAGCUUCCAGUGGUUCUCAGAGUUCUCAAGUUACUGCCGUUGACAACAAUGAUAUUACCUGGCAAACCACUUACACUUGGGCGGGAGCCCCAAGCAACGUGAAGAGCUAUGCCAACCUCAACCUACGAACCGGAAUAAAUCAACAACUUUCUGCCAUUUCCUCUAUUCCAACUACGUGGUCCUGGACCUACACGUCUGCGUCGUCCGAUCUUGUUGCAGACGUUUCGUACGAUCUCUGGCUCUCGAACGCUGCUGGCACAAGUGGUGCCACGUCGAGCUCGACCUAUGAAAUCAUGGUAUGGUUGAGCCAAAGAGGAUCUUGCACCCCCGCAGGUUCCCAGAUCGGUACCGCCAGCGUAAAUGGCCUCACCUGGCAGCUGUGGAGGGGAACCGUCGAAUCUUGGACUACGUUCUCUUUUGUCGCUCCAUCUGAGCUCGCGGACUUCAACCAAGAUCUCAAGCCGUUUUUCACUUACUUGGUCUCUAACGAAGGAAUACCUUCGUCGCAAUACCUGGUGCAAGCGCAAGCAGGAACGGAACCUUUCGUUGGAAGCGCCACGCUCGCGACGAACUCUUACAGCCUUGCGAUCAACUAA